CCGAGCAGAAGUGGGCACCAGUCUGGGAGCCCGCCCUCUUCCCCUGCGGUCGGAUCCGGAGCGAUCUGCGAGCUCUUAAUUGUUGCUCCAGGUUCUUUCAGGUCUGCGUGUCUGUUGUCAGCACUUUGCAAGGCUAGAAAAGGAGGAGGAAUCUUCAGAAUCCGUGCAGGACAGGAAAAGGAGGGGAAAUCUCAACAUGGAAAAACUCUGCAGUGAAAAUGAAGGAAUAUCUGAGAACCAAGGAGAGAUGGAAUACAAAGAACAGCCACAAGAUGCGGGAAAGCCAGAAGUAGCUUGUACUUUGGACAACAAGGAAAAGUUAGAAAAUGAGAGCAAGAGAGAAGAUGAGGAAAUACUAAAGGAUAAGGAAAAAACAGAGAGUAUGACAAAGCCAAAAGACGGAAAGCCAGAGAGCGAGGGAAAGCCAGAAAGUGAGGGAAAGCCAGAGAGCGAAGGAAAGCCAGAGAGCGAGGGAAAGCCAGAGAGUGAGGGAAAGCCUGAGAGCGAGGGACAACCAAUGAACAAGGGAGAGCUGAAAGAAGGAAAACCAGUGAGUGAGGGAAAGCCAAAAGAAGAAAAAUCAGAGAGUGAGGGAAAGCCAGUGAAUGAGGAAAAACCAAAAGAAGAAAAACCAGCCAGUGAACCAAGGGCUGCCGGAAAGCGCCCAGCUGGGGAUGAUGUACCCAGGAAAGCCAAAAGAAAAACCAACAAGGAGCUGGCUCAGUGCCUCAAGGAAUAUAAGGAGGCCAUCCAUGAUAUGCAUUUGAGCAAUGAGGAGAUGAUAAGAGAGUUUGAUGAAAUGGCCAGGGUGGAGGAUGAGGUGAAGAAAACCAGACAGAAAUUGGGGGGAUUUAUGUGGAUGCAAAAAAGUUUACAGGACCCCUUCCACCAGAGGAGCCCAAGGGAACUCAGGGGUGGCUGCAGGGCCCCACAAAGGGGCUUUGAAGACAUUCCUUUUGUGUAGUGCCCCUGGUAGGCAUUUGACAGGCCAUGUGCUUUAACCUUAUGCUAAUACUUGCUUUAGCAAUCACUAUUACCCAACUGCAGCUCGCGAUGUUUCAGUAGCAGAUUUUUGUCCAUUGCAUGGAAAAAUGUUUGUGGCACAUUGUAAAAUUAAAAAGAAAAAGUUUGAUGAACCAUACAUAUGACAUCAGUCCAUUUUUGUAAAACUACAGAGGUAUUUACAUAGUGAUCUGU